AUGGGCCCAGUGAUCUAUCAUCUGGGAACGAAUUCACACUCGGCUAUUCUAUCUUCUUCGAAUCUGGCUUUGGUAUUCGUCUCCCUCUCUCUUAAUUCGACUCAGCCUAUCUUAACACCAUCUAUCUAUCUAUCAGAUUUCGUUCACGGCGGCAAACUUCCUGGUCUAUACGGCGGAACCAGCAACGACGAAGCGGCUAGCUGCUCGGGUGGACGAAAGGCAUUUACAUGUUUCUCCACUCGGUUUAUGUGGCGCGAUGAGGGGGCUGGGGAGGUCUAUGUCUAUCUGCCCAACGAUCCAGCUAAUAAAUUCCUUUGCAACGGCGCAGGAAUCCCAGGGAAGAAUAUAUGUGCCUCAGACUAUGGAACGUCACUAGGUCGCGGUAGCUUCUAUUUCAAGGCCGGACAAUGGAACUACGUCUCGCAAAGAAUCAAGCUCAACACGCCUGGCAAAGCCAACGGUGAAUUGCAGGCAAGUACCGACUCGGUCGUAGACACACACACCACAAGUUCUUCUCGUCCUUGA